GGGAGAUCUAUCAGGUAGACAGGGCAGGCUCUCGAGCUUCUUAUUCCAAGGAAUAAUCAAGAUGUACACACAGCCGGUGAUCCUCGGCGCUACGCUGCUCGCGGCGCACAUUGUGGCCUCGAAUCCGCUUCUGCCCAGGCAGACAUCAUCCAACACGGCGACUGUGCAGCUGGGCACCCUCCGCGGCGCCCCGAAGCACUUGGCUUCUGGCUUCAUCUACGGCCUACCCGACAGCCCCAUGGGCCAGAAGCCGGACCAGAUCCCCGACCACUUCUACUCGGACAUUGGCUUCAACUACGGGCGCGCCGGAGGCGCUCAGAUAGGUAUGAUUCAAAUGGGGAAUGGAAACCAUGGCCCGUAAUCACCCCCGGCUCCGGCCGCUGACCAAGGGACUA